AUGGCGGACGUACUGGAUCUCCAUGAGGCCGGAGGAGAGGACUUUCCCAUGGAUGAGGAUGGUGAUGAAAGCAUCCACAAGCUGAAGGAGAAGGCCAAGAAGAGGAAAGGCCGUGGCUUUGGCUCAGAGGAGGGAGCUCGGUCCCGGGUCAAAGAAGACUAUGACACAGUGGAGCAGGACGGAGACGAGCCUGGUCCUCAAAGAUCGGUGGAGGGCUGGAUCCUGUUUGUCACAGGUGUACACGAAGAAGCCACAGAGGAGGACAUCCACGACAAGUUUUCAGAGUUCGGAGAAAUCAAGAAUCUGCAUUUGAAUCUGGACCGCAGAACAGGAUACCUCAAGGGGUACGCUCUGGUGGAGUAUGAGACGUACAAAGAGGCUCAGGCCGCGAUGGAGGGCCUCAACGCCCAGGACCUGAUGGGGCAGCCCAUCAGUGUCGACUGGGGCUUUGUGCGAGGGCCGCCCAAGAGCAAGAGGAGGGCGGGCGGCCGCAGGCGCAGCAGGAGUCCUGACCGUAGGAGGCGCUGA